AUGACUGACCCGGCGGUGAAACCGCCCGAAUCUUCAUCUACCGCACUUACUACAGCAUCUACACAGCAAUCACAGUCGAAAAGUGAGACUAGUAUUCUCGCUGGCAUCGCUGGAUUAACCGAUGAUGAGACUCGGAUACUGAAGAAUGAGGUAUAAUUGAUCUUUUUGUUGCUUUUUGAUUUUUGGUGUGAAAUCUUGAAUUAUAUUAUAGUAGCUGCUAUAGUAAUGCGUUGGAUGAUUUAUACCAUAACUUUGUUCAUUUUAUAGAUAGAGAUGUGAAAUUUUGUGUAAUUGUAAAACAUUCGUUUGGUAAAAGAAAUCUUAAAUGAAAUUCUAAAAUUUAUUCUCGUUUUAAAGUUACUGUAGUUUUACGUACCCCACUUUUUCAAACUUUACACUUUAAUUUUUUAACCAAAACGAGAUAAUCAAGGAAAAUUUUAAUGCUACAUUAGUGAUUUUAAACAUAUCCUAACUGAUACACAAUUUUCAUAUUUUAACUUUGGUAUUAUCAACAAUUUCAUUUCCAGAACCCAAUAACCAAAAAGCUGAUCUACUCAUUGGCCGUUAUCGUCUUGGGUUCCUUUCAAUUCGGCUACAACAUUGGAGUCAUCAACGCUUCAGGUGUCUACAUCACAGCCUUUAUCGUGGAGAACCAUAAUGAGACCUACGAUGUGGAAUUGAGUGAGAAUUGCGGCCGAUGUUAUCUUUGGGGUGGCAGUUUCAUUGUUUGCUGCUGGUGCUGUUAUCGGAGCCUUGAUGAGUGGUCUGUUGGCGGAUCACAUUGGUCGAAGGAAGACAUUACAUUUCAACAAUAUCUUGGUGGGGAUUGUGGCGUUUUUGAUGUGCAUGGCCAAACCUUUAGGGUGUUAUCAGUUGUUUCAUGUUGGGCGGUUUGUGAUUGGGUUGAAUGCAGGUAUGAAAUUUGAUUUUAUAUUAAUUUAGGUAUGAAUUUUGGAGUUUUGAAAUGUAUUUUAGGUAUAAACUUUUGUUUUUAAAAAUAUUUUUAGUAAAUUUAGGUAUAAAUUCAUGUUUUCUGAUAUUUUUAUUCAAUCUUCAGCCAAUUUUAAUUGUUAAAAAUCAUAAUAAUAUUGUUUUAGGUGUGUCCUCAUCAGUUGUGCCGAUGUAUUUCACAGAGAUGAGUCCAGUUAGCCUUCGAGGAAGUGUUUCAAGUUUACCACAGCUUGUAGUCACAAUAUCCAUCUUGAUUUCAAUGAUUCUUGGCUUGCCGUUCUUCUUCGGAAGUGAUCAUAUGUGGCCGUUUUUGUUUGGUAUGUUAAUAUUGAUCGUAAUAUGAUGUUGUUUGUUGAUAUCUUCAUUAUUAUCAACUUUCUUAUAUUGACAUGCUUAGCAACAUCAUGGGAGACGUUUAUAUAUUUAGCCAUAAUGGUUGGAUUUCUGUAGUUGUUCAAAUAAUUCUGAGCCUCCUAACCCCGAAAAUUUGUUUUGAGUGCGGCACAGAAUUAGUUGAACAAGUAUUUUUAUCCCUAGAACAAUAUUUUUAGGUAUAAUCGUGGUCCCAGCCAUCAUCCAAAGCGUUUGCCUCUUUGGCGUGCCAGAGUCCCCUAGGUACUCCAUGGUUCUCAAAAACGACGUCGACCGUACCCUAGAAGACCUGAUAAAGCUGAGAAGGAGUGAUAGGAUUGGAGUGAUCGAAUGCAAACUCUUAGAGAUCGAGAGGAAUCAAAGAGACAGCUACGACGUCAUGAACGUGAUCACACUCGUAAACCACGUCGAGUACAGAUGGCCAAUGUUCCUGGCCGCUUUCCUGAUGAUGGCCCAGCAGUUUUGUGGGAUCAAUGCGGCUAUGUUCUUUUCGACCGAAAUCUACCGGUCGGCUGGGCUAAGUGACGAAGACUCGGUGUAUGCUUCAUUGGGCGUGGGCAUAGUCAAUGUGUUGAUGACGGUGGUGUCGGUGUAUCUGGUGGAUGUGCCAUUCUUUGGCCGAAGGUUGUUGAUGUUGAUUGGAAAGACUGGAAUGGCAUUUUCUUGUUUGGCACUGGUUGUUUCAAUGUACUGUGCAGUAAGUUGAAUUUGAAAAGGCUAUGUUCGGGUUACUGUGGCGCAUAUACCACCGGACUAGGAUCCUAGCUUUAGCGCAGUCUAACUUAUUUUAUCUUACAUUAUCUGUCCUACCUUAACUUUUCAUGCGCUAUCUUACCCUACCCUUUUCAAAAACUCAUUUUCAGAACAAUGGAGUAGCGGAGGGUGUAACACCGUACCUGUCGUGUGCCUUUCUACCCAUUUAUGUCAUGUUUUAUGCCACCGGGCCAGGGUCGAUUCCCUUUUUCUAUGUGAGUGAGAUCUUCCCAUCGUCAGCCAGAGCAUCAGCAUCAGCAGUCUGCCUGACUACGAAUUGGGUAUGCACAAUCAUUGUUGGAGUCGCUUUUCUACCGGUCGUGGUGAGUCUUUGAACUAUUUGGUGGUUCAAAUAAUUCUGUGCUCUGUAAUUCUGCAAAUUUGCGUUGAAAGGGGCUCAGAAUUAUUUGAACAAUCUAAUAAAAAAGUUUUGAAAAAAAAAUGAAUUUUUUAAUUUAAAAACUUCAAAAUCUCGAUUUAAAAUUUUUUUUUCUAAUUACAAAAUUUUGAAACGUCAUUUUUUAAUUUUUAAAUUAAAAAAAAUUUUGAAAUUUUAGAAACAACUGGACGAGUUCACUUUCUUGAUCUUUAUGUGUUCAUGCAUUGUGGCAGCGAUCGUCAUUUUCAUUUUCCUACCAGAGACAAAAGGUCGAACUUUGGACGAAAUUCAAUUGGAUAUGGAUAAAAGGAGGAUUUGUGGUUAA